AUGUCUACUGCUGUAGCUAUCAGCAGUAGUGGUGACACAAUUGACAAUAAACAACCGAUUCAAGACAAUCGAAUAUUUAAAAAAGUAGUUAUUUUUAAAAAUCUUUCACAUUCUCAAGAAUUUGAAUUAUUUCGAGAUUGGAGAAAAAAAACUCAAAAAGCAAAAAAGAUAAUCUGUCCAAUUACAGGACUUCCAGCAAAAUAUAAAGAUCCAAGAUCUGGCAUACCAUAUGCAAAUAUGGAGGCUUAUUUUAAAAUUCAAGAAUUAAUCAAUCAUCAAUAUACUUGGUAUGGUAAAGGUUGUGUUUAUUUGAAUGACCCUGAUCAAUCUCCUGCUAAAGGCGUUCCUGAUAAAUUUGGAAAAUAG